AUGAAUCUACGUCCCUCGAAGAUUAGUCAGGACGCUACCGGCAUUUCACAACAAGGAUCAAUCAUCGAGUCGAGACGGAUUGCCGAGCUGGUCGCCCAGCGUCGCGAGUCCUCGCCAGAAUAUCUGAAUGACUAUAUUGUUGGCCAAGAACGGGCAAAGAAGAUCCUUGCAGUCGCAGUUUAUAACCAUUAUAAUCGAGUACGAGCAAACUUGGGACACCAUAACGAGGGACACACAGAUGAAUUUGGCAAGUUUAUUCGCUUAUGCAUUUUACAUCUUUUAAACAUUGAAACAGUUUCUGGAUCAAACGAAAUACCCUUGACUCCUCAUCCUUUUCGGCGUAGAGCAUUUCCUGCAGCGGCUGCCCCACAGCCGAUACCGUUGUUCGAGAAGAGCAAUGUUCUGGUGAUUGGACCAUCCGGUACUGGAAAGACACUGCUUGCAAGGACAUUGGCCAGGAUACUGGAUGUACCCUUUAGUGUAUCUGAUGCAACUGCAUUUACUCAAGCAGGCUAUGUGGGUGAUGAUGUAGAGAUGUGUGUACAGAGACUGCUGCAAGCGGCGAAUUGGGAUCCGCAUCGCGCAGCGACCGGGAUUAUCUAUAUUGACGAGUCAGAUAAGCUAGCGCGGCGAACAACAGGCGGAGACAAUAUGCAGCGCGACAUUGGAGGCGAAGGUGUUCAACAAGCAUUACUUCGAAUGAUGGAAGGAAGUGUUGUCACAGUUACUGCAAGCAAAGGGAGUGAUGGGUUUUCGGAAGGUCGGCGAAGGGAUAUGGGAGCCCCCACCCCUGAGAGCUACCAGAUUGACACUAGUAACGUCCUGUUUAUUCUUUCGGGAGCCUUUGUUGGUCUCGACACCAUCGUAAAGCGUCGCAUAGCCAAAGGCUCUAUCGGGUUUGGAGCGAACCUCGGUGAUGCAUCUGCCAGCAACGACAAGUUUGUUCCAUUCUUCACAAAGAAUGGCCAGGCUGCUGACCCUUGGAGCUUGAUCUUGUAUCUUAUGGGUAAGACUCUAUUCCGCGAGUACAUUCCAGAAUUCGUUUCACGACUACCCGUCAUUUCCUCCUUGAACCCUCUAGCAGUUGAAGACCUAUAUCGAAUCCUGACUGACGUGAAGGGAAGUCUGGUCUCUCAAUACACGGCUCUCUUCAACUAUUCGGGCGUUGACAUUCGAUUCACCGACUCUGCAUUGAAGGAGAUUGCACAACUGGCCGUUGAACGUGGUGGGGGUGCACGAGGUCUGCGGGGUAUCUGCGAGAAUCUGCUACUCGAUGCCAUGUACGAAGUACCUGGGUCUGGUGUCAGGUAUGUUCUUAUCACCGACAAGGUCGUUCGACGAGAGAGUCCGGCCAUGUACUGGUCUCGAGGAGACGCAGCGGCGUUCUGGGCAGAGGUUGCCCGAGAAGAAGCCAAAUCUACGUAA